AUGCCUCGACUUCUCUCAGUCCUUCUCCUUUCUCUCCCCCUCGUCCUCUCAGCAGACUUUGAAAGUGUGACCAUCAGUGCCAAUCUCGACAAUGUUGGCCACACAUGCAUCAGCAAGUGUCUCUACUACACCGUUCUGUCCGAUAUGGGCAGGGCUAUGGGUUGUGAUGACCCAUAUGACAACAACUGCUACUGCGCUACCGCCGCGGCAUCUGCCAACAAGGCCGAUGGCUUCAUGUCCAAGUGUGCCACAUCACUGUGCUCGGCUGGUGAUCGCUCUCGAGACUUGACUUCCAUGCAAUCCUACUACGCUUCGUACUGUAUAGGUGCAGGCUUCACACAGCCUGGUGCUACUGAGUGGUACAACCCUGCUGAAGCUACAGAGGAACCGACGAAUGAGCCUACUGCAGAGAGCAGUGGUGAUAGUGAUGCGAAACCCAGUCGAACCGCCAACUCAGGUGGCGACGCGACUUCAACGCACAUGACCAUUGUCACACAAACGGCAGAAGAUGGUGCUUCCAGGACGCAGGUAAUCGUUGAAGCAACAUCCACUUACUGGGUCAACUCGGAUGGGUCCCCGGCAACAUCCAAAAACGAGGAUGAUGGCACCUCUAUUGUCAAGAUUGGUGUUGGCGUCGCUGUACCAGUGGUAAUUAUCGCCGCUGGUUUGUUUGCUUGGUGGUUCAUCAGACGAAGAAGACAACAAAAGACACAAUACCCUCAUAAUACUCAACCUCUCAGCGAAGUUACAACUGGCGGCGGUCCUGCUAUCCUGGCCUCUGUCUCCCCUUCAACGCCUGAGAGGAGGGACACUCUGCCAAGAAAGCCCGUCGGAGCUUCAACAAUCUCUUCUGUUUCUUCUCUAUCCAAGACCAAUGAGCUAUCUGGUAUUAGCGUUCAACGUGAACUUUCUGGGCGUGAAGUUCAUCCCUUUCCCAACAUGACACCCAGUCCGCCGAUCCAAGUCGCAGGACAACAUGAGAUGUCGGGAGAAGGAUGGAGGCCAGACUCAGAGAUGGAUGGUCGCGAUGCGCGUGUGGAAAUGUCUGGUGAAGCCAGGCCUCCUGAGCUCCCAGGCUACACCAACUCAGCGAAUGCGUACACACCUCAUGAGAGUGUUCAGCGAUGGGAACUGCCUGAUAACUCACGUCAGAGGUAG